AUGAGGGCGGCGACUUUCCGCUUCAAGCCUGUGCCGCUUCUGAGUCGUCGAGGCGGAAGAACGCUUUGCUACGCACAAAAAGAAGACAGAACUCGCAAAGCCACACUCAGACUUGCCUCUUCGUCUUCCUCUCCGCCGGAUGCGGCGCCUCUAAACACCUCUUUUUCUCGUCUUCUCUCCUCUUUCAGCGGGCCUCUGGCUUCUCCUCCGUGCUGUGCGAGGUUACGCUCUUUUCUCGCUUGGUAUUCGACUGCCGCGUGUGUUGCUCCUUCUGCAGUGACUGUCACUUCCACCGCUGCCUUGCCUCGGCCUCCUUCGCGCUCUUGUCACGUAUCUGUUCAUUUCUUUCCUUGGGCAAACUCGCCUGCAAACUCUCCUGGACCCUCGUCCUGUUCUUCGUCUCUUUCUCCGUCUGUUUUCCCUUUUUUUUCUUCGUCCUGUUUUCUCCUGAAUGACGCGUUUGACGUUUCUCGUCCUCCACCCCGCCGUUUUUCAGCGGUUGACUCGCAGCGCUCAUCUUACUCUCCGUCCUCUCCCUCCCCGCUCAGCGGGCUCCCUCGCUACGUAGCUUCUGCCGCAUCUUGUCGACCGUCUCCGCCGCGCCCUGCGCACGCAGCUUCGCUGGGUUCGCUUGCUUUGUUUCGCCCUUCGCGGAGGCCGCGUCCUCACCUUUUCGGAGCGUUUGCUGGCUUUCCUUCGCGCCCUUUCUCUUCGUCUGCCUUCGUGGACUCGCGCGUCGUCCGCGUGUAUGGCGGCGACGGCGGCGCGGGCUCCUGCAGCUACACGAAGCACGCGAAGCAGAUCCUGGUCGGUCCAGGAGUUCCCUCCGGCGGAAAGGGCGGCGAUGGCGGCAGCGUGAUUCUUCGCGUGCUGCCCACUCGCAAAGCCGCUACCGUCGCCGGCGACGAGCCCUCGUCUCACGCGUCUUCCUGCUCGCCUUCUUCCUCGGCUUCUGCCUCGCUGUCUUCUCUGUCGUUUGCCUCCGCAUCAUCGCCGGCCUUCCACACCUUCGAGGGGGAGUCGGGCGCGCGGAGGCCGCCGGUUUUUUCGCUGACGAAGAAGUCUGAGCGGGAGGCGAAGGUCGUCUUCUCCGCGGCGAGCGCCUCGGGGGGCCUGGGCAGCCUCCCGGGCUGGGCGCGCGGCGAGGACGGCGAGGGCGGCGGCAAGAUGCAUCGCCCCGGUAGAAACGGCCGCGACACGAUUCUUCACGUGCCGCCUGGAACCGUUGCUUGGGAGCUUAGGCCGCGAAGGAGACGUCGCUCCGAAGCCCACGCAGCGCGGCCUGCCUCUCCGUGCGAAGGGGCCGAGGACACAGAGGACGCGGCGGAGAUGGAAGACGCUGAAGGCAGUGGGGACGGGGGUGGAACGGCGCCUGUAGCCUACGAUCGCGUGUUUUUGGGCGAGUUGGUGGCCUCAUCGGCGCCUCUGGUCGUGGCUCGCGGCGGGCGGGGCGGCCGCGGCAACUCGCGCGCGGACCCGCACAAGGCCGAACGCGGCGAGCCUGGGGAGGAGCGACUGCUUGAGGUUGAGUUGAAGUGCAUCGCCGACGUGGGCUUGGUCGGCUUUCCCAACGCAGGCAAGUCCUCGAUUCUCGCGGCGCUCUCGCGCUGCGCAGCUCGCGUGGCGGCGUUCCCCUUCACGACGACGGCGCCGAAUGUAGGGCAGAUCGACUUCCUCACCGGCGAGACGCUGACGGUCGCCGACUUGCCUGGCCUCGUGGAGCACGCGCAUCUGAACGAGGGCAUGGGUCACGCCUUCCUCAGACACUGCGAGCGAACCAACCUCCUCGUCUACGUCGUCGACGUCAGCGGCGAGUCAGCCACCGAGGUCGUCGCAGACGCCGAGGCAGACGGCGCGCAGGGCGGCGCCGACGCGCGGGCGGACAGCGCGGACGAGCCUUUCUGCGCGCUGCCUGGCGACAGCCGGAGAUGGAUUGCGGACAUGCCUCGAAUCCCGCGCGACCCCCUCAAGGCGUUCUUCGCGCUCUACCGCGAGGUCUGUCUGUACAGCGCGAGUCUGGCGACACGGCCCUUCAUCCUCGCCGCGACCAAGUGCGACGUGCGCCCAGCAGCGACGCUCCGAAGCGUCGAUCGGCUGUGGAGGGAACUGAACAGCCCCGAGCAGCAGCGGCGCCUCGCCCGCCUCCGGCAGCUCGCGCUCGAGCGCCACGGCCCCCCAGCGCCCGCCGGAGGAGACACACGGGGCGAAGCGCGCGCGCGCCUGAGGGCUGAACGCGACCUGCAGGCCCCCCUGAGAGGCGCGGAAGAGACAGAAGAAAGAGCAGAAAGCCGCGACGCAGGUGUCGCGCAAGACGCAGCGCGGAGCACGCGCCCAGAGAGGGAGUGCAGAGCGUUGGAGCCGCGCGCGAGCGAGGCAAAAAGGAGUGAGGGCGGAAGAAGACAGAAGAUUCAGGUCGUCGCCGUUAGCGCGCGGAAGGGACAGGGCCUGGAGCUGCUUGCCGAGACGAUGCGCGCCGGCGUCGAGGCUCACCGUGCAGACAGGGAGCGCGUCAUGCGCGAGCAACUCGAGGAGUGGAGGCGCCGAGGCUGA